GACCGCCACACUAAUAAUAAAAAAAAGAGACACGUUUCCGGAAAAAAACCUCCCCGUAAAUGCAAGCUUGGCAACUCGGGACCCAAAAGACUCGAGAAAUAAACGCAGAGAAAGUCACACGAGCGAGAGACACCGAGGAGGAUGGACUACACCGAGAUUCCCACUGUAUCGGCUGCAGGGCACUUUGACCCUAGCAGUGAUGCUGCCGCUCUGAGGAAGGCCAUGAAGGGCUUUGGGACUGAUGAGGCUGCCAUCAUUGCAGUCCUGUCCCGCAGGACCUCCGACCAGCGCCAGCAGAUCAUGCUGAAGUACCAGCAGUCCUAUGGCAGGGAGGCAGAAGACGGUACAAAGAAACCGCUCACUGGGGACUUGGUGAAGGACCUUAAGAGCGAGCUUAGUGGCAAAUUUGAAGACGUCAUUCUUGCCUUGAUGACCCCUCUGCCGCUCUUCCUUGCCAAGGAGAUCAAUCACGCCAUUGCUGGGGUCGGAACCAAUGAGAGAACCCUAGUAGAGAUCCUGUGCACUAGGGACAAUGCCUCACUUAUGAUGAUCAAGAAUGCCUACUAUCAGCAUUACCGCAAGAAGCUCGAGUCAGAACUUCACGGCGACACCUCGGGAGAUUUCCGCUGUCUCCUCAUCUCAAUGUGCGCAUGUGCCAGGGAUGAGGGGAACUGUGAUCCAGCCCUGGCAAACAGCUUAGCCCAGCAGCUGUACAAGGCAGGUGAAGGCAAGAUUGGAACAGAUGAAUCCGAAUUCAACCGCAUCCUGUCAGCCUACUCGUAUCCUCUCCUGCGCUGUGUGUUUGAAGAAUACAAGAAGAUUAAGGGGAAGACCUUUGGCGAUGCCAUUGACUCCGAGCUGUCUGGCGACCUGAAGCUUGGCAUGAAGACCGUCUAUCAAUGCAUUGAGAACCGAGCAGCCUUCUUUGCCAAGGAGCUGCAUAAUUCCAUGGCCGGGGCAGGCACCAACGACAGGGCUCUUAUCCGCCUGGUGGUGUCCCGCUGCGAGAUCGACAUGGGCAACAUCAAGCAGGAAUACCAAAAGCUGUACAAAAAGCCCUUGGAGAAGGACAUCAAGGACGACACCUCGGGCGACUACAAGAGAGUACUCCUUGCGCUUGUUGAAGGCUAAGGCUCAGUGCUUUCUCUCCCACUCAACUACUUUUGCCUUCCCUGUAAGAUCCGAGAUUCUAAUGAGGUGCAAUCUGUUCUAGGACGAUGUUGGCGGGGACUACAAGAAGCUCCUUAUUGGGUUGGUUGAUGGCUAGACCUCUCUGUUGCAUACCAGAGCUCUGGCUUGCCAUCUCCACACACAGACAUUGGAGGAAAUUCUUACCUAUUAGUGUUUAAAGGAUUCAAGAGUGCUAGUAGUAUAGCCGUAUUUUGUAAGGAUUUUUUCCUCUACUUUUUUUUUUUUUUUUUCUUUUUGUCUCCUUUUAUAAAAAAAAGUUGAACAGUUUGUGGGUACAAAGUGUGCUCUUUUUUUUUUUUUCUUUUUCUUUUCCUCCUUUGUCAGUAAUUCCAGCAGACUUUCGGAUUGGUGAAGCUGCUCUUUAUGUUUAUCUCUUUACGUUAGAAAAUGCCAAGUCGAGAUUGAGAUUGAAAUGUUAAAAUAUUAAUAUAUCAACAGUCCAACCGGGAAUGUGUAAUCGAGUUGUUGAGAAGAAGGAAGAAAGUAGUCUGUUUGUUGUUUUAAAGAGAACACAAUUUUUAUCAGAGUCAUUUUGUGCAAGAUUCUUAUAAGCAAGAAAUUUUUGAUUUUUUAACUCCUCUAUCUUCGCAUGGAACAAAGCCAGUUAUUGUAUUUUGAGUAAUGAAUAUGUCAGAGAAUGUUCUUUUUUAUAUGCAGAUUUCUAUUUUAGAUUGUCUGUAUGCUGAUGCAUUGUCUAUGUCUGUAAUAGAUAUAUAUCGUGUGAUAUUGAUAUUACAGUAUUUUACAAGUAUUAAUACAUCCAAAAAAGGUAAUUCAUUCUAAGUGUUGUCAAAUUUUCAUGAGUGUAUUUUUGAGAUUUAGGUCAUUGUCCAGAAAUAUCUUUGGGUAUAUGUUUAAAUUACAUUGGUGUAUAUGUUAAAAAGAAAUUGUUUUAUUUGUACUUACUUCUGAGUACUUACUAUUCUAUAAAGUGUAUCUUAUUAAUUAUCAAAAAUAAAGGAUGUGACUAAUCUGG